GACGUGCCGAUCAUGAGCUCCGUAGGAGCGGCUUCAGCGGCCCAGCAGGGCCGCGGUACCAGGAUUUUUGCCUCAGAAGACCCGGAAUACCAAGUUUUGCUGCCUCAAUUGCCGACAGGUCGGAUAGUUUUAAAUACAGUUUUUCUGCAUGCGGAUGUGCGUGCCAGGCCGUAUCGUGUGGAACAUUUCCGAGAUGUGUUGGCUAGCUUAGGCCUACUUGCUGAUGUCAUCGCCCUAGGGGCGUAUCAGAUGAGCUACGUUUGGGCGGUUACUUUCAAGAGCGACGAAGGCGUGAAAAGGCUUUCAAGCGCCAAGAACCUCAAGGUGAAUGAACAUCGGUGCAUUGUCGUUGAUCCAGCCAAUCAGGCCGUGCGGCUGAAGCUGCAUUGGAUGCUUCAUAACGUGUCGGACGAGGAUAUACGGACAGCUCUGUUACCGUUCGGAAAGGUCACGGACGUUUUCCGUGAAAAGUGGCGUGUCCAAGGAGUUCAAGAUAAAGCAUCGUCGACACGGGCGGUGUCCCUGGUUCUGAAGACGGGUAUGACCAUAGAAGACCUGCCCCAUCAACUUCGUGUAGCUGGUGAGCAGACCCUAGUUGUGGUACCGGGCAGAGCACCCCUUUGCCUGAAGUGCCGAAACACCGGACAUGUCCGACGUGACUGCCGCGUCCCGAGAUGUGCAGUAUCCCGUCGCUACGGCCACCAGGAUACGGAAUGUGUUAAGACUUACGCAUCCGUCGCAGGACCUGCGCUUCGAGAGGACGUGGCUGACCUGUUAAUGGACGAGGCUGACGUUGAUGAGGCUUCCCGCGUGCUAGUACCACCGGCGGACACAGUUGCAACACCUUCUGUGCCGGCGGCUAAAUCCACGAAGCUGGUAAAAGUGCUGCCUGCGGGCCCGAAAGAUGCAGUGCAAAGGGCAUGCGACGAAGGAGCCAAAGAAGAAUCGGCCGCAAAAUCCGCCACUGCCGAGGAGGCCGCCACGGAGCACGGACCGGCAACUCCCCUGAUGGACGUCGAAGAAUCGAGUGCAAGCAAUGCGGCUAUGAAAAGAGCGAGGGACUCGACCGGCAGCCUGGACGGCAACCUGGACGGCAACCUUGACAACGGGGCCAAAGACGAGCCGCCGCCAAAAGCGCAGGCGGGUCGUCGUGCGCCCGUGCGCCCGAAGCCAAACAUCCCGCCGGACAGACGGCCGGCGGCAAAACCGCCUAAGUAGGACCCGGCGCCUACUGGGGCGCCCGGACUAACGUCGUGAAGACAUGGCGUCCUUUUUGGAAUCGGGCUUCGCGUACGCUCUAAAGGUACGCGUGUGGAUCGAGCGGUUUUCAGUGCAAAAGUUAUCCAUGCAAUUUUUUUUCUACAGUGUGUCCGGAUCGCUUGUUCUUUAGCGGCACCGUGCGAUCGGCUUGCUUUUGCAGAUAAAUGGCGGGGAAACUAGAGAGAGCACUGAGAGUUGCCACGUUAAAUGUUCGUGGCCUUGGAGCGCGAAGGAGGCAAUAUCAACUUAGCCGCUUGUGUAUGGAGAAGGAACUCGAUGUAGUUGCCUUACAAGAAACUAAAGUCGAAACCCAAGAGCAGACCGAUCGCAUGGUGACGCCUUUCACGGCGCAUUACAAUGUGUGCGUGUGCCAUGCGAAUGGCACAUCAGGCGGAUGUGCGUUGUUAAUACGGAAGAGUGCUGGUAUCAUUGAAGAAAGUGUAACUGUUUCUGAAACUGGCCGCUUGCUUAUUGUAGAUUUUUCUUUUUCUCACGAUUUGUGGCGGCUGGUAUGCGUUUAUGCGCCAAACAAUGUGAAUGAUCGAUUUUUGUUUUUUGAAUCUAUCGAGCAAUAUCUAAAAUGUGAUCGCUUCGUCAUA